CUAGUUGUUGUGUGUGCUUCACUGUUGUUUCUUGCUUCAUUUAUUGGUGAAAUAGGUGCAAUUGUUGGCCUAUAUACAUAUACACAUUAUAUUAUGACUAAUUCAUUUCUUGAAUUGCUUAGAUGGAUAAUGAACAGGUUGGUUUAUAUACGUUGGAUGAAGCCCUUGAAAGCCUGGGGUUCGGGAAAUUCCAAGCAUUUGUUCUUGCAUACGCGGGGCUGGGUUGGUUUGCUGAAGCCAUGGAAAUUAUGAUUCUUUCCUUCAUCGGACAAGCUGUUAAGUCAGAGUGGGGACUUUCCUCGAGUCAGGAGAGCUUGUUAAGCACCAUUGUGUUUGCUGGUAUGGUAAUUGGAGCCUACGGAUGGGGUACUAUAUCGGAUACGUACGGAAGGAGGACAGGUUUUCUUACUAUAUCUAUUGUAACUAGUGGAGCUGGAUUCUUGAGCACAUUCUCUCCAAACUAUUUAUCACUUGUUAUUCUUCGAGGUUUCGUUGGUUUUGGCCUUGGUGGCACAUCUGUAUUCUUAUCCUGGUUUCUGGAGUUCGUUCCAGCUUCUAGUAGAGGCAUGUGGAUGAUUGUAUUUUCAACUUUUUGGACAUUUGGAUCAAUUUUUGAGGCAACUCUUGUUUGGAUUGUCAUGGCUAAAUUAAACUGGAGGUGGGUACUUGCAUUGUCAUCUGUGCCAUCUUUUGUUCUGCUUUUUUUGUAUGGUGUUGCACCUGAGUCUCCAAGAUACCUAUGCAUGAAAGGUAGGACGGGUGAUGCACUUCGAAUCCUAGAGAAGAUAGCUUCAGUGAACCGAACAAAAGUUCCUGCUGGUGUCUUAAUUUCUAGUAGAUCAACUGACAAGGCUGAAGAGUCUACCCCGUCAGAAGAUAGGAUCCCAUUACUCCCCUCACUGAGUAAAAGUAGCAUGCAAUCAAAAUUAGGCUUGUCGUCAUUUUUUAUGCUUUUCUCGUCAAAAUUAAUUAAAACAACUGCGCUCCUAUGGGUAUUAUUAUUUGGAGAUUCAUUUUCGUAUUAUGGUAUCAUAUUGCUUACCUCAAAGCUAAGUAGUGGAGAAAGUGGGUGUUUCCCAACUUUUCAAAGCAGUGGAUAUCUCCUAGGUGAUAGCCUCUAUGUAAAUGCAUUCAUCACUAGUAUCGCAGAGCUUCCUGGGCUUUUUUUGUCAGCAUUAUUGGUCGAUAGGGUUGGCCGCAAGCAGACCAUGUCAAUUAUGUUUGGCUUAGCAUUUAUUUUCCUUCUUCCACUACUAACACGUCAGUCUGCUGUUUUAACUACUUGCUUAUUAUUUGGAGCUCGCAUGAAUGCCAUGGCAACCUUUACUGUCGCCUCUAUAUAUGCCCCUGAGUUAUAUCCAACCUCGGUGCGGACAACAGGUGCAGGAGUUGCAAGUGCUGUGGGAAGAAUUGGCGGUAUGGUAUGUCCUCUUGUUUCAGUGGCACUGGUGAAUGCGUGCCAUCAAACAGAAGCUAUUGCUAUAUAUUUGGCUGUUAUAGUUGUUUCACUAGUUUGUAUUCAACUCUUCCCCUAUGAUACUAAAGGACGAGAACUUAGUGAUACUGCGUCCUGAUAAUAAGUAAUUGGUUUCUUAAGACAAGUUCAAUUGUGCUGUAGGUGAGUACUGCGAAGAUGCUAUGAUUGAGCUCUUCUUGCCAAUUAUACUGUAAAAAGUAUACUGGUCAUUGUUAUGUACAUUUUCCUACGACAUAAAUGUUAAAAGGGAAAAGAGGAAAAACACUAAUCAAUGGUGGUUGUAUUUCCUUUUGCAAAAAAAAACUAUACUAGCUUUUGCAGAUGA